AUGGAUCCGCCAGCUGCGUCCACUUCUGGUAACUCGCAGACCGGCGGUCCGGUAAAUCUAGGCGUCAGGAAACGCGUUGACUCCAAUCCUGAAUUGGUUGUCGAGUCCAAUACAUCCACUAAUCAAACAAAGAGGCCCAGAUUGUCGUCUUCUAGUCUAUUCGAUCUCAGCUUAGACCUAUCCCUCGAUUCAGAUGCCUUCUCUGUUUCUAGCAGCCGGCCGAGGCCUCGUCCAUCUGCCAUGGCGAUUCCCUCCAGUUAUGGCCGCCCUGGUUCUAUCGGCUUCGGUGCUGAUAGGAUUGUGAGCCGCAGUAUAAGCCGCAGCUCCCUGUCUCUAUUCGAUACAAGUUUCGAGGACUUGAGCAACACCAGUAUCGAAUACACACCGUCUUUACGCCUUGACCGACCUUUAAGUCGACACUCAUCAUUUACGGGUUCCCGCCACGGAAGCCCUUUUGCAAGCAGGGAAUUCCUGCCUGUUUCCGAUUCGGACGACCCAACUGUGAGACAAAUGCGGCUCGCAGCGAAUGAAAUUAUGUUGCCGGAUCCCUUGUCUAGAUACCCGGAAUCGUCUGCUAAGCACUGGAUGCGCAAUACGCGUACCACCAUUGACUAUACGCCCUCCGCCCCCAAUCAGCCAUCCGCUCGUCUCCUAGGAUGUUCUGUCAACAACUUCGUCUACUUCACCCGCGGAAAUCGUGUUCAUUAUAAGAACAUUAAUGUCAACGCUAACGAAGAGAUUGGACAGCUCAUGAAGCUGAAGGAGAGUCAUGGGAGCCUGCGCGCUCUGGAGGUCAACACCACGUCCCAGCCAGACGUUAUUGCUAUCGGGACGAGCAAAGGCUGCAUCCAGCUCUGGGAUGUCAAAGCUAAGAAGAUGACAGCGUCAUGGCACUCUAGCAAAGAAAUUUCUGCAAUGGCUUGGAAUGGCCCAAUCUUGACGAUCGGCAGCCUCAAGGGCGUUAUACGCAACUACGACACGCGUCUGCCACAUUCAAAGAUCAAGGAACAAUCCCGCAAAUUCUGUCGUCACGAAGGCGAAAUUACAACCCUCCAUUGGAGCGUUGACGGAAAGUACCUUGCUAGCGGCGAUGCCAUCGGCCAGGUCUUGUGCUGGGAAAAUGGGCUUGGACCUCCUAUGCAGGUCGGUGAAUCGGUUCAUCGCCGCAGCAAGAAAAUCCAGCAAAGUGGCAAGAUAUCGUCUGUGGCAUGGUGCCCUUGGCAGCCCAAAGUUCUCGCAACUGGAGACAUCCGAGGCAUAUUGCGGAUUUGGAAUGUCAGCGAGAAUAAGAACUCCAACGCCCUGCCCUCUAAAUUAGACGUCAAGUCCGUUAUGACGGGCAUUCACUUCUCUCCUCAAUGUAAGGAGGUUCUGACGACACAAGGCCCACCUAUCGGCGAGCCCAUGCCUAUGGAUUUCAACAACCUCAAGCCGUGGUUUGAAAACUGUCUCGCCGUCCAUUCGUUCCCGUCGUUCUCCACGGUGACCACUAUGCGGCUUAGUAUCGACAAACCAAUCGGAUACAGUGUCCUUGAUGGUACCGGUACUCGAUUGGUAUACCAAACACCAUCGGACGGCAAAAUUAAUGUCUGCGAGCGAAAGGAGCCACCCAAGCUCAAGAAACGCGGAAGCAUGUUGAGCAUCACUAGCUCUGAUUCCGCAUACUCUCAGAUUCGUUGA